GACAUAUAAUAAUCAAAGAAAAUAACAAAAAAUCAUUUCUUCAAAUAUAAUAAACAAAUCAAAUAUAUAAAUAAAAAGAAAAGGGUCUUUUAGGCAAUAAAGCCAAGAACUUGUCUUGGUUUGUGAACUGGUGCUGUGUGUGGGUGAGGUGAGGCUCCUUGGAGAAGGGUGGUGAUAAUGGAGAUUUGGAGAAAAAAUGAGGUGGUUUUGAUUACUGUGUUAAUCUGCAUUCUGGGUUGUAUUAAUGGUGACACAGAUCCAAAUGAUGCGGCUGCUUUAAGAAACAUGUUCAACAGCUUUGGUUCACCAGGUCAGCUAACAAAAUGGACAGGAAAUGGUGGUGAUCCAUGUGGAGAGUCCUGGAAAGGUGUUACUUGCACGGGCACACGAGUUACUGAAAUUAAACUAUCCGGUCUUUCACUUUCUGGAUCAAUAGGCUAUCAGUUUACCAGUUUGCCAGUAUUAACAAACUUGGAUUUGAGUAAUAAUAAUUUUGCAGGUGGUAUACCUUAUGGACUUUCUCGAAACUUGACACGGAUAAAUUUUGCUAAUAAUCAACUUAAUGGGGAUAUUCCUUAUGACUUUUCUUCGAUGACGAAGCUUACUUAUUUAAAUGUUGCUCACAAUCAGCUUCAGAAUCAAUUAAGUGACAUGUUCGCGAAGCUGUCUUUCCUCUCCACACUGGAUCUUUCCUUCAACCAACUUCCCGGUAACCUACCUUGGAGUUUUAGAAACCUUUCAAGCAUCACGACAUUGUUUUUGCAAAACAACCGGUUAACAGGCACUGUAGAUGUCCUUGCUGAUCUUCCUCUUAAAAAUCUGAAUAUUGCAAAUAAUCAGUUUACUGGUUGGAUCCCUCCACAGUUGAAGGAUAUCCAUCCACAGACGGAUGGUAACAACUGGAACUCAGGGCCUGCACCCCCUCCUCCACCCGGUACGCCUCCGGCUCACAGAAACCCAGGUCGUAAACCUGGAGGUAGUAACAGCCCAUCUGAGAGUGAUGGUAAUGGCAGCAAAAAAUCAGGAAUAAGUGGCGGUGCCAUAGCUGGAAUAAUUAUAUCCCUGUUAGUUGUUGGGGGAAUAAUUGCAUUUUUUAUUAUUAAGAAAAGAUCCAAAAAGUCGUCUUCUGAUAUAGAAAAGCUUGAUCAGCCAUUUGCUCCUCUUGCAUCAAAUGAAGUACAAGAAAUGAAAGCCGUACAACCUCCCACCGCAGUCACCACUAAGACAUUUGAUUCCUCAGUCUCCUUUAAUCUUAGACCACCGCCUGUUGAUCGCCAUAAAUCAUUUGAUGAUGAUGAUUUUUCAGCAAUUCAUGUUGUUAAGAAAAAGACUGUUACAGUUCCAACAGAUGUCACAUCAUACUCAAUAGCAGACCUGCAGAUAGCUACAGGCAGCUUCAGUGUUGACCGUCUUCUUGGUGAGGGGUCUUUUGGACGUGUUUAUCAAGCUCAAUUUGAUGAUGGGAAGGUCUUUGCCGUGAAGAAAAUAGAUUCAUCCACUCUUUCGAGUGACAUGUCUAAUGAUUUUCUGGAGAUGGUUUCAAAAAUCUCCAAGUUGCAUCACCCGAAUGUGACAGAACUUAUGGGUUAUUGUUCAGAGCAUGGACAGCACCUGCUGGUCUAUGAGUAUCAUAAAAAUGGGUCGUUGCAUGAUUUCUUGCAUCUGUCAGAUGAAGACAGCAAGCCUUUGAUAUGGAAUACUCGUGUCAAAAUAGCUUUGGGGACUGCUCGUGCGUUGGAGUACAUGCAUGAAGUAUGCUCACCAUCUAUUAUUCAUAAAAAUAUCAAGUCAGGAAACAUAUUACUGGACGCAGAGCUCAAUCCUCACCUUUCAGACUCUGGCCUGGCUAGCUUUCUCCCUAAUGCUGAGCAGGCAUUGAACAAUAAUGCAGGAUCUGGAUAUGGUGCACCUGAGGUAGCCAUGUCCGGUCAAUAUACUCUCAAGAGUGAUGUUUACGGUUUUGGAGUUGUCAUGUUAGAGCUUCUCACUGGGCGUAAACCAUUUGACAGCUCGAGACCAAGAUCUGAGCAGUCUGUGGUUGGAUGGGCUACACCUCAGCUCCAUGAUAUUGAUGCUCUGUCUAAAAUGGUCGAUCCGGCUCUCAAAGGACUCUACCCUGUCAAAUCUCUCUCUCGGUUUGCUGACGUUAUUGCUCUGUGUGUCCAGCCGGAGCCAGAGUUCCGACCGCCAAUGUCAGAAGUGGUUCAGGCAUUGGUUCGGUUAGUGCAGCGAGCUAACAUGAGCAAGAGAACAGUUGGAAAUGAACCAGGAGCAUCCCGACAAGCUGAAAAUACAGAUGCACAUGACUACAUGUAAAAUCCAUGCCUAUUGUAAUAUACAGCCCAUCAAAUGGUCCCUCAUUUUCUUUCACAUUUAUUUUUAUGUUUAUUGAAGACAGAUUUUUGUUUAAUCUUUGUUGGGAACAAAAUAGAAGUAGGAAGCAUGUUAAAUAUUUGUAUGUUGAGCUAUUUUUUUAUGCUGUUAAUCAUCUGAAGACAUCCCAAUUCAGUUUGAUUCACUCCAUAUCGCUCUUAUAUUUCAUCUUGCGGCUAAGGGAUUGAAACAUCUUAUUUGUAAAUGUAAACUGGGAAUAGAAGUUUCAGAAUGUGAUUAUUUUGUCAAUGAUGUUAUUGAAUUUUUAA